AAAUUUUAUGUAGCUAGUUUUCUGCUAUUUGGUUAAUAGUUUUAAUAAUGAAUUCGCUACGGAAUCGGGUCUUAAUUCAACUUACAGAAGGAAUGCGCCUGCGUCUCUUAUCGGAAUCGAUAGAUAAGAGCGGCAACCAACCAACCCAGCAACCCCAAGGACCCACGCCCCAGGGCGAGCCAUCAAAGGAUCCAAAAAAAAAGAAGCCGGAGAAUAUCUGUGGAAAACCUAUACAACCCACCGGUCCACGCUGCAAACCCAAUAAAUCCGACAAUUCCAAAUCCAAUGAAACGGAAGUCCCAAAGCCAAAUUGAAGCACAGUAUUUCAAAUUAAAAUUUAGGUUCAAGUAUGCCUUGGGAAUAACCUUAGCCCGUUUCGAGUUGAAAUUUUCUAGUUCAAUUUUUAGUUUCUCACACUUCGCUCUGGCAGACAGUUCACCAAAAAAAUAUAUAAAAAUAAAAUGUCAGGAGUAUUUUUGCAGUGUCGCAGAACUUUGGUGAUUCUUCGCCAAAACACGGCUGUGAAUAAUGAGAAGGGUAUCUUUUGCAAGAUCCUUGACAAUUACCAGAAAUUCCGAAAGGAUGUUAAGAACGAGGUGACCGAGGGAGAGGAACCAAAGAGGUCGUAGGCACAACCCUAGGAACUAGAAACUAACCCCGUUCCAAAUCAGAUCAUAUAAUGGCCAACAAAUUACCAUAUUGUUGCCGGGAGCCCAACAUGAAUCGGCGUCCGUUUUACGGGCAGAUCAUAAAACGGAACGCUCCCAGACAUUAUAAAGCCAUAAAGCAUCCAACUAAAAUCGGGCAAAAAUAGCUCGACUAUAGAAGACCAGACGGCAGUGAACAGACCCAAAAACAGACAAGUGAUAUAACUACAUUUCAAGGGACGGUUUACAAAGUCUUAACCCUUUGGGGAUGAGGAGUUGAAGAAAAGCCAGAUUGAUCAGAUAGAAAUAUGACAGAAACAGGGCUGACCACAGAAGAUGGAUUCACCUCCCAGUAGAUGGAGGAUUCCCGAUCUCAGCAGCAAACCCAUCACCUAAAUCAUCAUAAUAUUUCCAUAUGGGAGCUCUGUCCAAGUUCCAGAUGCACCAGAACGACUCGAUGACUUUGUAGUUCCAAUAAAUUCAAUACCCACCAGAGUGGGUGGUGGUUACGAUCGAAUGCA